AUGGAGCAGAUUGAUAAUGAUGAUUACCUACUCUCAACUAUUCUUGAUGGCAAUGACACACGGGGUUCUAACUCCCAUAGCAAUAGAGAACGAUCUUCCUCUGACUUAAGUCAGUUCGGUGUUUUCAGUAGUAAUGGGAUGGUCAAGGUAGACGAAGAGAGUGAGGAGCAUAAGUUGAUAAAGAUUUUCUUUGAUUUGGGUAUGGGAACAGAAGCCAAUGUUGUGGCUGUACACAAGAAUUUGUGCUCUGAAGGAACGACGAGUCGAGCAAGAUUGGAGAGGUUUCGGAGUUUCUCUAAGGCAGUGGCUCGAAAGCAUGGGGGCAAUGCCAAUAUUGUGCCUGCUUGGUAUGGUAGUUCCAGGGAUGAGAUAUGUGAGAUUUUGUUGAAUGGGUUUAGUCUUAGAGAACCUACAUCUAAUGAUGAACCUUAUGGUGUUGAUACCAUUCAUUUGGCUCCUCUGAAUUGUUCUUUUGAUGGUGCUUUAUGUUCAGUUGCUGAUGACAGUGGGCUAAGGCACAUACUACUUUGUAGCGUCAUUUUGGGGAAGACAGAAUUGGUGUCCCCAAAUUCGAAGCAAGCUCUUCCCAGCUCCAACAAGCUCGAUUGUGGUGUGGAUGAUCCUGUGAACCCGAGAAGAUAUAUCAUAUGGAGUGAUUUCAUGAACUCUCACAUCUGUCCUCUGUAUGUUGUAAGCUUCAAGGCUCCUCCUCCUCCUUGCUAAAGUCCCAAGUCUCCUGAAAAAAUGAGUAUCCCCAGCAUCCCUAAACUUGCAAAGUCCUUACAUCCUUCAAAAGUGGCUUCAAUUGUUAAAUGCAUCAAGGAACUUCAAGGAAGUAAGAUUAGGAUGAUGAUCAGUUUUCCGGCCCAUUGCUUAAAAACCUCCAAGGAUGAGUUUCCCUACUACAAAGCUACGACAGUUCUUAAAUCAUUCUAGAAUUGCAUUGAGUGUUAAAUGCAGCAAGGAACUUCGAGCAAGUAUGGUUAGCGCCGCACAGUCAAUACAAAAACCGAGGAAGAUCAGUUUUUCAGCUCAUUGCUUAAAACUACGACCCUCAACCUCCCCAAGUUCUUAGAUGUUUCUAAAAUGGCUUCAAUUGCUA